GAGGAGAGAGCGAGGAUAAGCAUCCCAACACAUCCCACCGUUUGGACUUUUUGUCAUUCAGGUGUGCGCGGCGAAUCACGCACAAGACACCGGGACAGAAGCCGUGGAUUUUCUUCCUGACUGAGGACUGAGAGGGAAAUGAUCUGAUCACAUUCGAACUUGACUCUUUUUCUCUGAUGGGAUAGUUUAUUGUUGAUAUUUGAGCAGAACAGGUGCGAUUCAUAAGGGCUCCUCCGGUAAUGCGGAAUGACCGUACGGGACCGUUAACGCGCGCGUGGAUCACCUGAUUCAUCACCGACCACCGCAUUCCGCGCGUCCCCGACCGCACGUUGAUCUACGGGGGUAAAGUUCAUAAAGAUUGUCUGAUCGAUUGCUGUUAAAUCAACAUUUCCCCCUAAAACCAGCUGUGCUGUGAAUUGGAUUUUUUUUUGCCACGACUGAAAUAAAUAAGUAUUCACUGACCUAUUCCUCAAAUCAGUGUUCAAUACGGAUAUCCUCAUAUUAUACUGGAGUCAGAUCAUUUUUCUGACUGGUCGAACGGAUUUGUCACUAUGUGCGCGAAUUGGUAACGCGAGCUCACAGUGAACCGAGGGUCGUGUUUGGCUGCUCUUUAUCUACAAAUGUAAGGCUCUGUGAAACCUUGGCUCUGACAACACCAUAUGGAGACAACUGUUUGAAUUAAAGCAGUGGGAACACGCGUGAACUGCUGUCAUGGAUUUAAGGGAUUUUUUCUUGUUGGCAACAUUAGUUGCUUGUUUCUGGUUAGAUCCCACCAUAGCCCAAGAGCUCAUUUACCCAAUUCGAGAAGAGCUACAGGAGAAUGUUCUUAUUGGAAACAUACCAAAGGACUUGAACAUCUCUCAUAUGAACUCUGCCACUGGGGCUACCAGUAAUCUGGUUUACCGACUUGUGUCGAAAGCAGGUGACACCCCGCUACUUAGAGUGAUGAGCAAUACAGGAGAAAUCUUUACCACCUCCAACCGUAUCGACAGGGAGAAACUCUGUCCUGGCCCCUCUUUUGAAGACAGCGAGUGCUCCUUUGAAAUUGAGGUGGUCAUUUUGCCCAAUGACUACUUCAGAUUAAUCAAAAUUAAAAUCAUUGUCAAAGACACCAACGACAAUGCCCCCAUGUUCCCCUCACCUGUGAUCAACAUUUCAAUUCCGGAAAACACACUCAUCAACAGCCGCUUCGCUAUUCCCUCUGCCACUGAUCCAGAUACCGGACCCAACAGCGUACACAAAUAUGAGCUGUUGAACGGGCAGAGCGCCUUCGGUUUGGAUAUUGUGGAGACACCAGAGGGCGAGAAAUGGCCUCAGCUUAUCGUUCAACAGAAUUUAGAUAGAGAACAGAAAGAUACUUACGUGAUGAAAGUCAAAGUGGAGGAUGGCGGGAACCCACAAAAAUCCAGCACUGCCAUUCUACAGGUGACCGUCACUGAUGUUAACGAUAACCGACCUGUCUUUAAAGAAAGCCAAAUUGAGGUCCACAUCCCAGAAAAUUCUCCCGUCGGCACAUCUGUAGUUCAGCUGCAAGCCACUGAUGCAGACGUGGGGGCCAAUGCAGAAAUCAAAUACAUGUUCGGGGCCCAGGUGUCUCCGGCGACACGGAGACUUUUUGCUCUGAACUCCACUACUGGACUCAUAACAGUUCAAAGGCCGCUUGAUAGAGAGGAGACUGCCAUUCAUAAACUCACAGUGCUAGCCAGCGAUGGAAGCUCGAGCCCGGCAAGAGCCACCAUCACUAUCAAUGUGACAGAUGUGAACGACAAUGCUCCAAACAUCGACCUGAGAUACAUCAUCAGUCCAACUAAUGGUACUGUAAUGCUUUCUGAAAAAGAUCCAAUUAACACCAAGAUUGCCCUCAUUACUGUAUCCGACAAAGACACAGACGUCAACGGCAAGGUCAUUUGCUUCAUUGAAAAAGAUGUUCCAUUUCACCUCAAAGCAGUUUAUGAUAACCAGUAUUUGUUAGAAACAUCAGCGUUGCUUGAUUACGAAGGAACCAAGGAGUACAUUUUCAAGAUCGUUGCUUCUGACUCCGGAAAACCUAGUCUGAACCAGACGGCCCUGGUUAGAGUACGGCUGGAGGAUGAGAAUGACAAUCCACCCAUUUUCACCCAGCCUGUCAUUGAGCUGGCGGUCAUGGAGAACAACCAACGUGACAUGUUCCUGACAACCAUCAGCGCCACCGAUGAGGACAGUGGACGGAAUGCAGAAAUCGUCUACCAGCUUGGACCCAACGCAUCAUUCUUUGAUCUAGAUCGCAAAACGGGAGUGUUAACCGCAUCCAGGGUGUUCGAUAGGGAGGAACAAGAGCGGUUCCUCUUUACGGUCACUGCUAGGGACAAUGGCACCAGGGCUCUGCAGAGUCAAGCUGCAGUCAUCGUGACCAUACUGGACGAGAACGACAAUAGCCCUAAAUUCACACACAACCACUUUCAGUUCUUUGUGUCAGAGAAUCUGCCUAAAUAUAGUACAGUUGGAGUAAUCACAGUCACAGAUGCAGAUGCUGGUGAGAAUGCCGUGGUGAGACUCUCGAUCCUCAACGAUAAUGAGAACUUCAUCCUUGACCCAGAUUCUGGAGUCAUAAAGUCCAAUGUUUCCUUUGACCGAGAGCAGCAAAGCUCCUACACCUUUGACGUCAGAGCUGUGGACAAUGGAAGCCCUCCAUGUUCGUCAGCCGCCAAGGUGACCAUCAAUGUCAUUGAUGUCAACGAUAACCCACCCAUUGUCAUCUACCCACCAUCAAACACUUCUUUCAAACUAGUGCCGCUGUCUGCGAUUCCAGGAUCAGUUGUGGCCGAGGUGUUUGCGGUGGAUGGCGAUACAGGUAUGAAUGCAGAACUCAAGUACACAAUUGUGAGUGGUAAUGCAAGAAGUCUUUUCAGAAUUGACCCCGUAACAGGAAACAUCACGUUAGAGGAGAAACCCACGGUUGCAGACAUUGGCCUCCACAGGCUAGUGGUCAACAUCAGUGACCUUGGCUAUCCAAAGUCCCUGCACACUCUUGUCCUUGUUUUCCUAUACGUUAACGACACAGUUGGAAAUUCCUCGUACAUACAUGACCUCAUCCGACGGACAAUGGAAACGCCACUGGAUAGGAACAUUGGCGAGAGCAGUGAGACUUAUCAGAGUGUCGACAACCUCAAAACCAUCAUUGCCAUCGUAACAGGUGCUAUGGUAGUGAUCGUGGUGAUCUUCAUAACAGUUCUGGUGCGCUGCCGACACGCCUCGCAGUUCAAAGCGGCUCAGAGAAAGAAGCAGGGCGCGGAGUGGAUGUCCCCCAACCAGGAGAACAAGCAGAACAAGAAGAAGAAGCGCAAAAAGAGGAAGUCGCCAAAGAGCUCCCUCUUGAACUUUGUCACCAUCGAGGAGAACAAACCCGACGACUCUGCCCACGAACCCAUAAACGGAACCAUCAGUCUCCCGGCUGAGCUCGAGGAGCCCGGGAUUGGACGCUUUGAUUGGAAUGCCACCCCUACUACCACCUUCAAACCCAGCAGCCCAGAUUUGGCCCGGCACUACAAGUCUGCUUCACCCCAGUCGGCCUUCCACCUCAAAGCUGACACUCCGGUGUCUGUGAAAAAGCAUCAUGUGAUACAGGAGCUGCCACUGGACAACACCUUUGUUGGAGGCUGUGACACGCUUUCCAAACGUUCCUCCACCAGCUCUGAUCACUUCAGUGCCUCAGAAUGCAGUUCACAAGGAGGCUUCAAGUCAAAGGGGGCACCUUUGCACACCAGACAGGGAACGCUUACCCGCGCCCGCACCGAACUGAACCCCGACUAUCUGGACCUCCGUUCCCGAGCCGAGCUGAACCCAGAGUACUGGACGCCCUGCACUCCACUAUCGCAGCGGCGCGUCACGUUUCACCUGCCGGACGGGUCUCAGGAAAGCUGCAGUGACAGUGGGCUGGGGGACCAUGAGCCCGUGGGCAGUGGGCCACUCCUCUCACACCCUCUCCCUCUGGUGCAGGCGCAGGACGACUUCUACGAGCAGGCCUCUCCGGACAAGAGGACCGAAGCGGACGGCAACUCGGACCCCAACUCUGAUGGACCUUUAGGACCAAGAGGCUUAGUGGAGGCCACAGAGAUGUGCACCCAAGAGUGUCUGGUGUUGGGCCACUCCGACAACUGUUGGAUGCCGCCGAGCCUGAGCUCGUACCCUUCGCCCAAGUCCCCCGUAUCCUCUUUCAACAACCAAAAGGAGUGGGCUAAAGAGAGACUGCUGAACGGCCACACCCUGACCCGCAGCUGGAAAGGUGAGCGCGGAAGCCAGGAGCAGUUUGGGGACAGGAAGACCUUCGGGAGCUCGGAGGGACAUUUUGGCAGCGGCGGCGGUGGUCACAUGGCCGACAUCCCAUUGGCCAGCCUGAAAUCUUACCAGCCCGUCUCCGGCCCCGACAGUCCUAAAGAACAACAGCUUUAAAAGAGUGUUUUUUUGGGUUCGUUUGUGUCCGUCUUCUCUCUUGGAUCAUCCCAGCGACUUUUGAGAGCUUUAGUCCAUUCCUCUUUUUCCCCUUCUUUUCUUAGAUCGAUGCUAAUGCGGUGUGAUAGUUACGUGUAUGGAGUAGACCUUAGACUUUAUCGCUUAUGCAGGACAGUAUACUAUGCGAAUCCGACUCGCCGGCGGCCCGUCUGCAGAGAUCUUCUCGUGCGAAUCCAUAGCUGCCCUUAAACUCCCAUGGUUUGCUGCAAAUUCACAUUAAAAGGAAUCAUCGUAUACUUCGUCUUGAGCAGAGACUGCAAAACAAACGUUCAAGAUGAACAAAACAGGGCUGUGCUCUAUGUAUCACGGUUAUUAAAAAAAGAAAACAAAAACAAACAAAAAAAAAAAAACAAUGUAACGGCUGACCAAUAUAUACAAAUAUUGUGACGUGGUUGUUUUUGAGCUGUUUUGGGACUAUAUUAAUCUACACCAUCUGAGAAAAUGGAAUUUACAAAUCGAGAAAGCAUUGUGCUAAUAACACUGUUAGUGGAAAUCGUUUAGUCUGUCAUCGUUGAAGUGUUUGUAAAUAGGACUUAAUACUAACCGAUUUUAUGUACUUGUAAUAAUCACACGGAAUAGAUCAGUGAACAUGACAGCUGUCUUUUAUCAUUCAUCGUACAGGAUGCGUUGUUUUUAUCGGCCUUUUGUCAUUAGCGUCAUUGUCUUCUUGAACAGAGGACCACAGUCUGGAUCUAUAAAGCAAAGAUACACACACUUACACAGUUACACACACACACACGUAAAUAUGCACCCACACACCCUCUGGCGGAGAGUUAACGAACGAAUCCCGGAUGAUAAUGUCAGUUGGUCAUGGCGUUGCACAAUUGCCCCGUUUUUUGCAUUUACUGAGUCGAUGAACCUGGCAAACUUAUUUUUUCAAAGCUAUUUUGUAUUAUUGAUGUAAAUGCUCAAUUUCUACUUACUGAAACGGAAAGCUUGAUGUCUUUUCCUCAAAAAAAAGAAGAACGAUGUUACGAUUCAACAGCAAUAUAUUUGUAAAUUCUUAACAUCUAAUUUCAAAUGUCAUUCUUGUACAUGUUUAAUUGAACUCGUGCUUUAAUUGAGAGUAGUAUUUGCAAACUUUGAGAACUAAGUCCUUUUUUCUUUCAUAGUAUAUCGUGUAUGUCCACGAUUUUUUGACAUGCAAGAGAAGUGAGUGUAGUUUUCACGUCUAUGAAUUCAUGACAUAUGCUACAUAUCGUACAGGUUUCACGAGAACAAUCGCAGCAGGCCCUCGUCUCUGAAUGCCAAACACGGUAAAUGUUUGUCAGGCGCCAAUAUACUCAGUCAUUACAGAGAAAAAAGAGAAAUAAAUAAAUAAAAAAAAAUACACUGUCCAAACCGGAGAGGAUAUUAAAAGACGGAAAACAAAGAACAGAAUGCGAUCAAAACAAGAGCAUGUGCAUAAUUCAAGGACUGAGAUUUUGGUUCGAUUUAUGUUUUUCCUUUCAAUGUUCGGGCCGUUCUUUUUCCCUUUCUUGUCACAUGGCAUGGCAGCCAGUUCAGACGAUGAAACCGCAUGCUUAACAAGACAAACUAGCUUUAAAAUGACUUAGUUUCACCUUCUUUUCAUUGGGUUGAUGAUUAUUGAUUUGUAACGCAGUGAGGUCAUUCAUUUUGUAUAGCACCUUUAUGUUGGAUCACAAUAUUUAAAGAACAAAAAAGGGUAUAAAAAACUAUAUGAAAAGAGACAAGAGUGGUGUGAGUUGCUUUCAGCAGUAUGUUUGUUGGUUGUGGGGACGUUUGCCAUCAUAGAUAUUUAAACAGUUACUCCUUGUUACUGCUCUACAGGUAUACCGCUACUGCAAUAAAUGUUUUAAAUUCGUG